UUCUUCGACCCGGCCCUCAGGAAAUUCAGGACCAACUUCGACUUCAUGAUCCUCAACCUCUCCUUCUGCGACCUCUUCAUCUGCGGGGUGGCCGCCCCCAUGUUCGCCUUCAUCCUCUUCUUCGACUCGGCUCCACGGACCAACUUCGACUUCAUGAUCCUCAACCUCUCCUUCUGCGACCUCUUCAUCUGCGGGGUGGCCGCCCAUGUUCGCCUUCAUCCUCUUCUUCGACUCGGCUCCACGGGCACCCUUCUCCUCACCCUGCUCCUGUGGGCCACCAGCUUCACCUUGGCCACCCUGGCCACCCUGAAAACCCGCGGCUCCCGCCUCUGCCUGCCCAUGUCCAGCUUCGCCAGCAGCGAGGGGAAGAUCAUCCUCUAUCUCUACGUCAUCGAUUUCAUCUGUUGCGUAGCUGUGGUGUCUGUUUCCUACGUCAUGAUCGCCCAGGCCCUGCGGAGGAACGCUCAGGUGAGGAGGUGCCCACCUGUGGUGGCCGUGGAUGCCUCCAGACCGCAGCCCUUCAUGGGGCCUUCGUCCGGGGAGGGCGUGCAGAGUGUCGUGCCUGCCUUGUACAGGAACCAGAGCUACAGCAAGCCGCAGCACGUCCAGACGCACGGCUACGCCAAGCAUCUCGGCCAGCCGCCAGCCACCACCACCAGCCGGCUCCAGCUUGUGUCGGCGGUAGCGGUCAACCUCUCCGCGGCCAAAGACUCCAAGGCGGUGGUGACGUGUGUCGUCAUCGUGCUCUCUGUCUUGGUUUGCUGCCUGCCCCUGGGCAUCUCUUUGGUGCAGGACACGCUGUCCAGCAGCGGUGGCUUUGUUCUCUACCAGUUCGAGCUGUGUGGGUUUACCCUCAUUUUUUUCAAAUCUGGAUUAAAUCCUUUUAUAUAUUCCCGCAACAGUGCUGGACUUCGGAGACGAGUUCUCUGGUGCCUGCAGUACGUAGCCCUUGUCUUUUUCUGCUGCAAACAGAAGACGAGGCUUCGGGCCAUGGGCAAAGGCAGCCUGGAAGUCAACAGGAACAAGUCAUCCCAUCACGAGACCAAUUCAGCGUACGUGUUGUCUCCAAAACCUCAGAAAAAGGUUGCGGACCACGCCUGUGGUCCCAGUCACUCCAAGGAAAGCGUGCUGAGUCCUAAGGCUUCUGUUGGGCAUCAGCCCUAUGCACAGAGCAGCUCAACCCCCAUGAACACCCGAAUCGAGCCCUAUUACAGUAUCUAUAACAGCAGCCCUUCCCAGGAAGUGAGCACCCCAAAUAGCUUACAGCCGGUGAACUCGACUUUUGGAUUUGCCAAAUCCUACAUUGCCAUGCAUUAUCACACCACCAACGACUUGGUGCGAGACUAUGAUAGUGCUUCGACUAAGCAGAUACCCGUACCCUCGGUAUAA